GCUCAGCCGCGCUCCGCCGCAUGCCACUGGCGGCGGGCCAUGUGUGGUGAGUGUCCAGCACAUGAUGUGAUGCCAGAAGCCGCUGUGAAGGAUGGGCAAGGUGCUCUCGAACCUACCGUUACCGAAAACCUGCAAGCCCUACAGUGUCCCAUUACUCGCGAGUUCAUCGCUGACCCUGUGCUGGCUGGUGAUGGAUACACCUACGAGCGGCAGAGCAUCCAGCAACACUGGGCUAAUCAACUUGAAGGACGUCUCAGCGUCAACGAUGAGGCCGACUGCGGCGCGCGGACGGAGCUCCAUGUGCGGACCAGCCCCAUCACUGGCGAAGAGCUGGAUGGAACCCUCCGUGUGAAUCGAUUGGUCCUGGAUUUGAUUCGAUCAGCGAUCCAAGAAGGGCGCCUCUCAACAGAGGCGCGAGAGGAUUGGGAACGCAGGCGUCGGGAGGUGGAGCUCUCACAGCGACGUGCUUCCUCGAGGCCCGAGGCGGAGGUGCCAGCUGAAGUAGGAGAAAUAGCACAGCUAAGCGCCAUCGCCUCGGCCCCACCCUACGAACGCUCCGGGGAGCAUGUGCGUGUCCUGGGCCACGCGGACGCGCCACGCUGGGGCUUGGCCGCCAAGGUGCGCUUGGCCAAGACGGCGCUGGCCUGCGACUUUGUGGAGGCGGACGCCUGGGCUCCAGACUUCAUGUUCCAGCACUGCAUGGUGCCCGCCUGCCACGUGGCCUUCGCCGUGUCCAAGCGACGGCACCACUGCCGUCGCUGCGGGCGCCUGGUGUGUAGCAGCUGCGCGCCGCACUCGGCGCUGGAUUUCGAACGACUGGGAGAUGCGGAGACCCAGCAAGACGCUGGUCAGCGCAUCUGCGGCGAAUGCCUGGAGGACUUGUUGGAUCGCUUGGAACGGCGUGCGUUGAACGCCACGGAGCUGCAACAGGUCAUGGUGCUGGACGCACGCCUGGAGCAAUGGACCGUGAUGCAAUGUGAACGGCACCGCCUCAGCGUGCGCACGGAGCUGACGGAGCGCUUCAGCCAGCAGCUGCAGCAGCAGCAGCUGCUGCAGCAGCGGGAAGAGGAAGCGCAGCGGCGCUCAACGCUGCAGAUGCAACGGGCCAAGGAACUGACCGAUGAGAUUGCAAGGCUCAACAGGAUCGACACAACUGUGAUGGACGAUGCCACGGUGUUGCGCCACGUGCAAAACCUCUCCAAAGCAGAAGCUGAGUUGAACGACUUGCGGCGAGACGAUGUGCCGCAGGCGGCAUUGUCAGAAGCUUCAACGGCCGAGUCGGCCGGGGGAACAGCCGUGGCAGCUACGCAGGAAUCCUUGGACCCAGCCCUGCUGGCCUUGCGCCAGCAAUGGGAGCAACUGCUGCGGCAGGACGUGCAGCACCUGAGCAACGAAGAGGCGCUUCGACACUUCGAGCAGAUCUCGCAGUUGCAGGAGCAGAUCGAAUCUGCUGAGACGCGAGCAGCACUGGCUUUCUCCAGUGCUGCAGCGCUGCCAGGCCGCCAGGAUGGCAUCUUUGAUGAGGGAAACGUGGCCGCUGCCGACUUUCAACGCAGCCGCUGGCCACUGCCCAUGGCGUUGGAGCUGCCAACGGCCUGGCCCACACCCCGCAUGCUGCGGCGCCAAGAACAGGUGCUUUUUGCGCGUAAGCGCGAGGCGCUACAGCUGCGACAGCACUUCGAAGUGAAGAUGGCGGAUUUGGCGCAGGCUCGACAGUUGGAAAUGCAACGCCGCCGUGAAUUGGAAAUGCUGAGAGAACAGGAAGAGCUCCAGCGACAACAUGCAGAACGAGUGGCCGAAGAGAGGCGCCAACGUGCGCGGGAAUUAGAUGACUUGGCACGACGAGCCGUUGCCCAAAUGGUUGGCCCCGAACGACGUGCACGCAUGUGUGGCAGAUGUAGGGCUGGGCCCAUCAUGAAUGACGCGUGCAGCAAUUUGGCCACCCACAACAGUGACUCCAGUCGCAGGCGUGCGAACCAUUGCCCCCGCUGCAAUUGGUUCGAUCGCAACUGGAACAACUGGCCUGAGUGGGACGGCGUUUAUGGACCUCACUGAGCAAUGACCAGCCGGCCGUCGUGGCUGUACAGUGUGCUGUCAACUCGUUGAAGCUGCUAGGGCUUCCAAUCUGCAAAA